AUGGUAAAAGGCAAUACAGCGCCUAGUAAUCUUAUAGCUGCUUCCUUCAAUGGAAAAUCAAUUCUAACAGAUUCCAGAAGCGUUACGAAUACUACCGAAGGACAUGGUAAAAGCAGGUAUGAUUAUGGAGAGGUGCUUGGUAAAUCGCUUCUCUUCUAUGAAGCACAACGAACCGGUAAACUUCCGCCAAAUAAUCGUAUUAAAUGGCGAGGUGAUUCAAUGAUGAUGGACACAGGAAACAAUGGCGAAGAUUUGACCGGUGGCUAUUUUGAUGCUGGUGAUCAUGUUAAAUUUGGUUUUCCAAUGGCAGGAUUUACGACAGUGUUAGCUUGGGGUGCCAUCGACUAUGAAGAUGCAUAUAUACAUUCAGGUCAAAUCGAAUAUAUUCGACAAGCUAUUCGAUGGUCAACAGAUUAUUUUAUUAAGGCACAUACUAGCCAAUAUGAAUUCUACGCACAAGUUGGUGAUGGUCACGACGAUCAUGCAAUUUGGUCACGACCAGAAGAUUGGACAAAACCACGACCCGCAUGGAAACUUACACCGCAACAACCCGGUUCCGAGGUGUUGGCUGAAACUGCAGCUGCACUGGCUGCUGCUUCAAUAGUAUUUCGUUCAGUUGAUCCCAACUAUCAAUCAAUCCUACUAAGUCAUGCACGACAAUUGUACGAUUUCGCAAAUCAAUUUCGUGGCAAUUAUACCCAUUCGAUUCCUCAUAUUACAGAUUUCUAUAAUUCAUGGUCAGGUUAUGGAGAUGAACUGGGCUGGAGUGCUGCUUGGCUUUUACGUGCUACCGGUGAUCAGCGCUAUCAAGCGGAUGUUGACCAACACUAUGCUGAAUUUGGUCUUACUAAACUACCUUUAGAAUUCAGCUGGGAUAAUAAAAUAGCAGGGCUUCAGAUACUAAUGGCCAAAAUUACAAAUAAUUUAAGUUAUCGAGUACAGGCUGAGAAUUUCUGCAACUACGUUGUUCGACAAGCUCCGAAGACACCCAAAGGUCUAGUAUUUCUUCAACCAUGGGGUUCACUACGACAUGCCAGUAAUGUGGCUUUUCUUUGUCUACAGGCCUCUGAAAUGAAUAUCAAUAAACAGCAAUACGUGGAUUUUGCUACUCAACAAAUUAAUUACAUACUUGGUGACUCAGGUCGAUCAUAUGUGAUUGGUUUCGGUCAGAACUAUCCACAACGACCUCAUCAUGUAUCCAGCUCUUGUCCUGAUCGACCGGCAGUAUGUAAUUGGGAUGCUUUUUCCGAUCCCAAUCCAAAUCCUCAACUUUUAAUUGGUGCUCUGGUGGGUGGACCCGAUGAGAAUGAUAACUAUGAAGAUCGACGUGAUGAUUACGUUAUGAAUGAAGUAACCACCGACUACAAUGCCGGAUUUCAAUCAGUUGUAGCAGGCCUUUUGCAUCGUCAGUUGAAAGUCUAA